AUGAGCUCUCGAACGGGGUAUGUCCGAUUGGAGCGUCGUUUCAAGACACACGUCCGGCAGUGGCACAUGCGCGUAUCAUUCAAGCGAUAUGCUUCAAACCGUCGGAAAAACACAAAUCAGAAAAGCCCAUCGCAGAAGUACUCGUUCUCGCACGUCACAAACCCGACCUACGAAGUUGCAGAUUCAGAACGACAGUUGAUCGCUGACAUAGCAGCUACCCCGUACUCACGUCUUCCAUCAAAGUCGGAUUUUCAGGACGAUUGA